AUGCACCAGAGACCCAGCCAAACAAUACGUGCGGAGCCGAGCCGCGCGCGCGCCGGGGCCGGGGCGGCCGAGGAGGGGACCGGCGCGGGGGGCCCGCGCCCUCGCCCUCAAACUCGGGGACCUCGCGCUGUCGCUGGGAGAACGCUAACGGGACCCCGAGCCCCCACGGAGGCGCCCCUCCCCCACCCACCCCACCCCACCCCCACACAGCGCGACCCCCACAGCCGGCCCCCGCCCCGGGCGGCCCGGGGCGACCCCCGCCGCCGGCGGCUGCCUCACUCCGCCCUCGCGGCCGCGCCCGCACUCCCGCAGCCCGCGGGCCGCCCGCCAACGCGCCUGGGACAUCAGCGGAGCCGCCGGCAGCCUGAGGCCCCGAAGCGGCAGCGGCGACGGCGGCCGCGCCGCGGGGCGCUCGUCCCGGGUCGGUGGGAGGCUUCGGAGGCCGCCCUCACCCAUCUCCGCCUCCCGGCGCCUCCGCCUCCGGAGGCUGCGCCGCUCCCGGCCACCCCCACUGUCGGCGGCCCUGAGCUGGAGACACGGCGGGGACAAGCCUCACCCGGUUCUGGCUGCGGCUCCGCGGAACGAACCUCCCCGCCCCCGGCCCACCCCCCUUCGGCAACACGCGCAACUCCGCUCGGUCCAGUCCCGGCUUUAGCGCUGGUGAGGAGGCGGAGGCGGCGGCCGCGGCGGCGCGGCCCGACCCGGCAGGCCCCGCCCCCUGCGCCCUCACUGGCGGCCGGGGAGGGCGGCCUGGGCGCCUCGGGGAUGCCCAUUGGCUGCGUCCGCCUUCCUUCAGGACCCCCCCUUGAGGGGGUGGUCCGAUGCCCUGUCCGUCAGCCGCAGACCACACCCCCGCGCCUCCAUUCCAUACAACCCCCCCUUCCCCGCCCCCACCGUGGCCCGGCCCGUCAGGGUCGGGCCGCCGACUCCGAUUCCCGCAGCACCGGCCGCGGCUCGGCCCCUGGGGCUGGGCGCUGUUGGGCCCCGGCGGCCCGAAGACCUGAUCCGGGCCACCUGCCCUCGCAACGGCUAUGA